GGGUUUAGCGUGCGUGCCUCAGGGACAAAUGCAAACAGUCAAUAUGAUGGCUGGCCGUGUAAUCAUUGUUAACCACUGAAACAUGGCCGAGCAUCGAUGUUGAUGUAGAAUGAAUGAAUUACCGAGAGUCUGACGCAAUCGCCGAUGAGGUAUUCGUUGCAUUGCCAAUCACUCGUGUUUUGCUCUGCUCAGUUCCCCACGUCUGAUUAAUUUCAACUGCAUGCAGCACAUGGAUUUCCUGAACAGGACAUGAUCGGAGGCAUCGUUCCACCUCCUGCAUUCUGGAUGACAACAUCCCAACAGCUUCUCUUGCUCAGCACAUGAAUUCCUGUCUUUCCAGUUCAUUGACUUGGUUGGCACCAUCUGCAGAACUCGACACAUGACUCUACACUUCAAUCUUUAAUCCCCUCCCUUGAUUCAGAUCAGUCACAAAGCCACCUACUGCAGUAUGACAGACAGCACACAUCAUAUCCCUGCAGAUGGCUUCUCACAAUACAGAGAAGCUACAGCUCACCUCCCCAAGCUCGAAGCCAACGAUUUCCAACAUGCGGGGCCCCCUCCGGACGCUAAAUAUACGCCUCCGCCGGCAGGACCCGCCCAGCCGUGGUACAACCCACGCGGGUGGUCGCUGCACACCAAGCUGAUUGCGGGCGUCGUAGGCGUUGCAGUUGUCGUGGCUGUCAUUGUGGGAGCCGUCGAGGGCACAAAGGCAAAUCGCUAUCCGGACUAUACGCCACUCAACUACCAACUGGUAGAUACGUACUCGGGAACAUCUUUUCUCGAUCGCUUUGACUAUUACCAUGAUGAGGACCCGACUAAAGGGUUUGUCCAAUAUGUAGAUCGAGCGGCGGCAAAUGCGCUGAAUCUCACUUAUGCUACGGAUUCAUCCGUUGUGUUGCGGGUGGAUACCUCGAAUCAGAAUGCGGUUAAUGGCCGACAGUCUGUGCGGCUGGAGUCCAAGGCCGGCUAUGAUAACGGUCUGUUCCUCUUUGAUAUUCUUCAUACGCCCUAUGGUUGUGGCACGUGGCCGGCAUUGUGGUUGACCGAUACUACCAAUUGGCCGGUGAACGGAGAAAUCGAUGUCCUGGAGACGACCAACAAUGCGCCUGAAGGCAAUGCUGUUACAUUGCACACGACGAGGGGCUGCAAUAUGAAGGUCAGACGAAAGCAGACCGGUGGCACAGUGUAUACAACCUGCGACAACAGCACCAACGGGAACGCAGGGUGUGGUGUCCAGGGAUCGCCAGAAAGCUACGGUGAGCCUUUUAACAACAAUGGCGGCGGUGUAUACGCCCUGGAACUGCGAGAUGCCGGCAUCCGUGCCUGGAUGUUCCCACGGGACUCUAUCCCAGACGAUAUCACCAAUUCCAACAGCUCCCCAGACCCAUCCACCUGGGGUACUGCAUUGGCUGACUUCCCCAAUACGGACUGUGACAUCCCGUCGCAUUUCCGCAACCAAAGCAUCAUUGCUAACAUCGACCUGUGCGGUGAACUUGGCGCUCAAAAGCAGUUCUACACAGAACAAUCUCAGUGUCCGGGCACGUGCAACAGUUUUGUUGCAACGAACCCAUCGGCCUUUACAGAGGCUUACUGGGAAUUCAAAAGUUUCAAAGUCUACCAAGCUCAAUAG